CAACAAACUUACUGAUCCUUUCGGGACGCCCGCAACGAGUAUUCCUUCAGUACCUUGCAAGGCUGACUGCCAGCCAGCUUAAUUCUGGCCUCUUUCCCUGUCAAUUGUUAGGAGACAUACUGCUGAAUUUGCUUUGUCCAAUACCUACCAUCAUGUGGCCAUUUACCGGACUAAAGUACCCACCGAUUGUCCUCUACUUCAACGAUGCCUGGCUGAUGAGCUUUGCCAACCCGUAUAUCUGGCGUUGCUCGACCAAAGAAGUGCUAGUACCUCUUCACCAACGCAACAUUGGCAUUCAUCACUGUGAUAUAGGAUGUGGCACCGGCUACUACCUCGUUCAUCACCAGCCUCCUAGCCCUAAGACGACAAUAACCCUCCUGGACCUUGAGAGCGCCCCUCUAUCAACAACCGAGACCCGUCUCCAUAGAUUCCACCCGACCGUGAAAGUCUAUCCGCAUCAGUGCGACAUUCUAUCUGGCGAACCAAUCCCUCCACCUCCACGUUCAUCGGAGUGCACGGCAUACGAUUCAAUCUCGCUAACGUACCUCCUCCACACCCUUCCCGCUCCCCCGGAAGAGAAAGUGAAAGUCUUUGCAAAAGCCAAGGCCGCAAUUAAGCCCUCCGGUGUGGUCUUUGGCGCUACCGUCCUCGGACACGGUCCGUGGCAUAGCUGGGCUGGUCGCAUCCUGCUUAAGGUUCUGAAUUGGGAGAAAAGGCUCAGUAAUACUGGUGAUAGCGCGAAGGUUUUGAUUCAAGGUCUUCGGGACAAUUUCAAUGAUGUGAAGGUGGACGUUGUUGGGUCGAUUUUGGUUUUCGAGGCUAAGCAGCCGAAAUGGUGAUAGAACAAAGUACAGGCUCGCAAAAUAACAAGACAUCCAAUAUCAAUGAA